AUGCCAGAUGCUCCUGGUGGUCAUCGGCUCGGCGUAAAUGGGCUGGCCGUUGAUACUGGGAGCUCAAUCUUGUAUUCUGCUGGCCGUGAUGGAGUCAUUUGUGCCUGGGAUUUAAAUCUUAGCCUCAGCUCUGGAGUUGCUUCCAACCUAUUUUCGUCUUCUUCAGGCGCCGCAUCCGCCAAUUUGGUCUCCGAUUCAAGUCCUAAAUCCAUAGAACCGACAUCGUUCCGCCGCCAGGUUCAAGCGCAUACCCAUUGGAUUAACGAUAUUGUCCUUGCGCAAAGCAACACAACACUUGUUUCUGCAUCGUCGGAUACAACAGUUAGGGUAUGGCGGCCUGAGUCUGAGGAUAUGCAGUUACCGCCGACAAUCGGCAAACAUGGUGACUACGUAAAAUGCCUAGCGACACCAGAAUCGCAUUCUCAAUGGGUCGCUUCGGGUGGUUUAGACCACAAAAUAUAUGUCUGGGAUUUAAACGGCGCCGGGGAAAAGUUGAAAAUUGAUUUGUCCGAAGACGAACUUACAACUAAAGGUUCCUUAUAUGCUCUGAGCACAAAGGGGUCGAUAUUGGCGAGUGGAGGGCCAGAAUGCGUGGUUCGCGUGUGGGAUCACAGAUCCGGGAAAUUGAUCACAAAGUUUGUUGGGCACACGGAUAAUGUGCGAGACAUACUAAUUAACCAAGACGGUGAUACAAUUAUGACUGCGUCCUCUGAUCAAACGGUCAAAGUGUGGUCCAUGUCAGCUGGCAGAUGUAUGCACACCUUAACCAUGCAUAAUGACAGUGUUUGGUCGUUGUUCUCAGAUCACCCCCAACUAUCCGUAUUCUACUCGAGUGAUAGGUCAGGUUUGGUUGCCAAAACCGAUACGAGAAGGGCUUCAGAUAUUGACCAAGGCGUUUGUGUGGCUGCUUUGCAGGAAAACGACGGUGUCGUGAAGGUUAUCGCUGCAGGUGAUUACAUAUGGACUGCAACACCAAAAUCAAGCAUUAACCGCUGGAACGAUGUCGAUACAACAGCGGAAGCUGAACUGCCAGUUUUGUCAUCACAUCGACAUACCUGCAGCGCGGCUUCCUGUCAGAGCGUUGGAUCACCUCAAUCUCUAAGUGAAGUUCCAGCGUCUAUGGCAACGCCACGGAGAAUUCCUCGGGAGUCAUUUUUACAACUGUCAAAUGCGGCUGCUUCAGUGAGUGGACUUGUGGCUCAUGAAAUACUGCUUAAUGACGAUCUGGAGUUGGUUGUUCCCUUUCAAGCACCAGAAGAAACAAUAGUGGGACAGAAUGGCUUAAUCAAACAUGUCAUGCUAAACGACAGGAAGCAUGCUCUGACGCAAGACACAGCAGGAGAGGUAGUACUCUGGGAUCUCCUAAAGUGUAUUCCAAUUCAAUCAUUUGGCAAGCGUCAUCUGGACGACGUUGCAUCUGAAGUCAAUACGACGGACACCAUAGCUAACUGGUGCACCUUGGAUACGCGCACAGGGCGACUGUCUGUGAUUCUGGAGUCAAAUCGUUGUUUUGAUGGUGAAAUAUAUGCGGAUGAAACGGAUAUUGCUAAUCUGAGCCAGUUUAGAGAAGAUCAAAGGAUUAAUCUUGGGAAAUGGAUCCUGCGGCAUUUAUUUGCCGGCCUAAUUGAAGAAGAAAUCAAACGAGACAGAGAGUAUCGGCAGACGCUCGAAGAAAGGUCAAGGGAGACGACUGGAACUUCACGCCUGAAUGUCCCAGAUUCAAUAGAAGCUCAGAGAAUACUCAACCAGAGUGUAGCCGAGGCUGGGCCUUAUGGUGCAGUCCGACCAUCAUCAAAUGGAAUGCUCGCUCCCAGAACUCCUGGCCUUUCCAUUGGAUUUGCUACCCAAGAAGGGCAAUCGGCCUUUUCUGAUAACCUUGGAAGUGGCCCCCUAACUUCAACAUCCACGGCUCACGUUAAGGACCAGAGUGAUUAUUUUGCCUCUUCUACCAAUACACAUACUGUAGACUCUCCAGACCCUAAUGCAAAGACUCCAUGUUCCGCAGAGGAUGAAUCACAAUCACAGUUUGGAACCUCACUAGCAGACACAGAAAAGGAAGAUAAGCCUGGUAAACGCAGUGGAUCUCGCUUUGGCAAAAAGUUCCAAAUGUCCUUCCCUAAAAAGCUAGGGAGAACCUCCACAGAAACGAAACCAAUUAUCGAGGAGAAAGCCGAGGAGUCCGACAAGUCAUCUGAGAAGGAAAAAGUGUUCGAUGAGAACUUGAAAGGGGUUAUUGAGAAGAUUAGGUUCGAAUACGAGGAAUACUUGAACGAACACCCCGGACGGCCCUUGGAAACUAGCAUUAAGCCAAGCGCAGAAAAUGAGACACCAACGCUUACAUUACCCGCAAAUACAGCAAUUCUAAUUCAGGAAGAACAUCCCGAAUCGGCCGUUCCUGCGGACCUGUACCGAGGGACGGUAGGGACUGCCGGCGAAGAUGCUGAUGAGCUGGAGAAAGCUGCUCCGAAAUGGCUUGGAGAGUUUCUUUUACGCAACACAAUACCUUUCAAAGAAGUAUCCAAAGUCGCAUUCUCGUUGAAACCUUACAAAGACCUACUACCUCCCGUUGUCAAUGCAGAUGCCCUUGCAAACAACUCCGCUUCCCGUCUAAACGCCAACCGCAUGCUCCGCGCCAAAAAACUCCUCGCAUACGUUGUCGAGCGCAUCGACCCACAAGACCCCAACGACCCUGAUGCUAAUCCGCUAAAACCGGAAGAAUAUCUGGAACUGUAUUGUCAAAACACCCUCAUCCCGCCCGACAUGACCCUCUCCACCAUCCGCACCCAUAUCUGGCGAACAGGAAAUGAUAUGGUCCUGUUUUACAAAGCCAAUGGCAAACGGGAGAUUCCCAUGCCACGCUCAGAAGCCACAACUCCAGCUCAAGCCCCAAUUUCAACCUCUCUAGCAAAAGUUGGGAGCGACGAUGCAGAUUUGCCGAUGAAGAUGUCGAUGCUUGGCGUAUCAGGGGUGUCUGAUGCUAACGUGGCUGGUGGUGGUAAUGGUUCCGUGAUAUCUGCGACAUCUAGAUCAGCAUCUACUACAGGGGCGAUAGAAACUUAG